UUUCUUUGGACUUUUUUUGCGACGAACACCACAUAGAUGUUUUUUACACAAGAUUGCACGUAUAAUGAAUGCUCAGCUGUCGAUGGAGAACAUUGGCGAUCUGCAUGCAGUGAGCCACGAACAGCUGUCCGCCACCGCUGACUUGAUGAGCGGUACCAGUCCCCAUCACAGAAGCACGGUGACCCAUCGCAGCAACCACUUGUCAGCCCACGCGCGCUCCAUGGGCAUGGCAUCGAUUCUAGACAGCGGCGACUAUCAUCACCAUCGGCCCCCGGAACACGGUCUCGCUGGACACUUGCAUCCAGCCAUGACCAUGGCUUGCGAGGCUCCCCCCGGAAUGAGCAUGAGCAGCACGUACACCACGCUGACCCCCCUGCAGCCGCUGCCUCCCAUCUCUACCGUCUCGGACAAGUUUCCUCACCAUCACCACCACCAUCAUCAUCAUCACCCUCACCAGCGGAUUCCCGGUAACGUGAGCGGCAGCUUCACUCUCAUGAGGGACGAAAGGGGACUGGCGUCUAUGAACAAUCUGUACAGUCCUUACCACAAGGAUGUUGCCGGCAUGGGACAGAGUCUUUCCCCCUUGUCGGGGUCUGGGCUGGGAGGCAUACACAACUCCCAGCAGGGUUUGCCGCCUUACGCACACCCGGGUGCCACAAUGCCCACGGAGAAAAUGCUCACACCCAACGGAUUCGAAGCCCAUCACCCUGCCAUGCUAGGCAGACAUGGGGAUCAACAUAUGACCCCUUCUUCGGCCGCCAUGGUGCAAAUAAACGGAAUUCACCACCACCCGCACGCGCACCUGAACCCCCAGAGUCACGGUCAGGGCAUGGGCUCAACCAGAGAACCAAACCCGGGGUCUUUGCCUGGCUCGCAGGUCAACAGUGCAGGCAAUUCAGGGCAAAUGGAAGAAGUCAAUACCAAAGAAGUAGCGCAGAGAAUCACCACAGAGCUUAAAAGGUACAGCAUCCCCCAGGCCAUCUUUGCCCAGAGGGUGCUGUGCCGGUCGCAAGGGACCCUAUCUGACCUGCUAAGGAACCCCAAACCCUGGAGCAAACUCAAGUCCGGCCGUGAGACCUUCCGCAGGAUGUGGAAAUGGCUGCAGGAGCCUGAAUUCCAAAGGAUGUCGGCGCUCAGGCUCGCAGCUUGCAAGAGGAAGGAACAGGACCACGGCAAGGGAGAGAGGGGCAGCAUCUCCAAGAAGCCGCGGCUGGUUUUCACGGACGUCCAGCGGCGGACUUUACACGCAAUAUUCAAAGAGAACAAACGGCCAUCCAAAGAGCUGCAGAUCACCAUCUCUCAGCAGCUGGGCCUGGAGAUCACCACCGUCAGCAACUUCUUCAUGAACGCACGCCGACGGAGCCUGGACAAAUGGCUCGACGAUGGCUCCAGCUCAGCCAACUCCUCUUCCUCAUCUAGCACUUGUACCAAAGCAUGAAAGUUCCAGACUGAAAUCUCGGUGGAAAAGCUUUAAACUAAAAAAAAUACCUAUCAAAGACCAGGACCUCUAGACAGCAGCUUUGUCCUUAAUCUUGUUUGAAAGAAAAAUGAUAAUAGUGAUGUUUAUAGUAACCAAAAAAACCAAAGACUUCUUAUACUUGCGUCUUUCUUCUGCAACGCAUUUUAUUCAGACAUCUUGCAAAAGAGAGAGAAAAAAAAUCACAAAAAAUUCCCAUAUUGCCAGUCGCACUCUUUAGCCAUUUUUAACCUUCCAUUUCGCACCCUUCCUGUUCCUCAAUCCCCCUUC